CAAAUGCUGCCACUUCUCGAAGAGUUGAACCACAAGUUUGGGAUCAAUGUGUGCGGCGAAGGCGGCGAAUACGAGACAAUCACUUUGGACUGUCCCCUCUUCCGCAAGAAAAUUGUUUUAGACGACUUCGAGGUUAUCACUCAUUCGGAUGACGCGAUCGCAAAGGUUUCAUACCUGAAGCCAAUUAAACUGCAUUUGGAGGACAAGAAGUGACGUUUUGCACUUUAUAUGAGUUUUAUAUAAAUUGUUUAAAAGUUGACAUUUUGUUAGGAAUUGAC